CAGCCCUUCCAAGAAUCACAUUCUCUCUACCAUGCCUGUCCCUCUUCAGAUCGCCUACAAACCUGUCUCCAAGCCCGAAGUAGGCGUCAACAACUACCAAGGCUUCACACCUGGCAAGACCGAAGUCCUGCGCAAAGGUGCCAAUCCGUAUAACGCGCGGCCUCUCGACUCCAACAUCCGCAUAGAUCACGACGUCGAAAUCAAAGUCCGUGAUGGCUGCCGAUUAUACGUCGACAUCUACCGCCCUGCUGAUGUGCCUGAAAAUGAGAAGCUUCCCGCAGUCAUAAGCUGGUCAUGCUAUGGCAAGAAGUAUUCGGCACUGCAUAUGCUACCUAUUUGCGUGUGGAAUUGCUGCGUUCCAAAGGAGUCAUUGAGCGGUCUGGAGAAGUUCGAAGGCCUUGAUCCAGUGGUCUGGUGUCCGCGAGGCUAUGCUAUCGUUUCGGUGGACUCGCGCGGAACGGGAAACUCAGAUGGAUCAAUACCAAUCAUGGGAUCUCAAGAUGCGGAGGACUGCUACGACGUUAUUGAGGCGAUUGCUGCUAUGCGAUGGUCAAACGGUAAGGUUGGCAUGGCAGGUAACUCGGCGUUGGCUAUUAUCCAGUGGCACGUCGCGAGUCUUCGGCCUCCUCAUCUUGCAGCAAUCGCUCCCUGGGAAGGAUCGGCUGAUAUCUACCGGGAGCAAUUCGUCCGCGGUGGAGUGUUCAACAUGUCCAACUUCGACUUGAUCACGCAUUACAUCAUCAAGACGAACAACCCUGGCGGAGGUAUCGAGGACUUCGCCGAGAUGUACCGAAGGUCGCCCAUAUCGAACGCGUAUUGGGAGGACAAGCGAGCCGACAUCUCGAAGAUCCAAGUCCCUGUCUUCAUCAGCGGAAGUGAUUUCAGCAGCAUCCACACAAUGGGUUCCGUUCGCGGAUGGUUGGAGCUGCCGCAUGACAACAAGUGGAUACGGUGGAGCUCCAACCAGGAGUGGUACGAGCUGUACUGCGAGCCCUCUUCCGACAGAGAACUGCAUAAGUACUUUGACAAGUUCUUGCGCGGAGAGAACAACGAUUGGGACAAGACGCCAAAAGUGCGGUGGUCGGCGCUGCAAUUCGGCGAUCGGGAAGCCAUUGACGACAUUGAGUUCGCGGACUUUCCCAUCCCGGGAACCGACUAUCGCGACUUCUUCCUCUGUCAGGACGGCUUGAAAGAACAGGCAGCAACAGCGGAUACAGUUGUCUCUUACGACUCCACAUCCACGACCUCGAUUGCAGAGUUCUCGUAUACCUUCCCACAGCGCUCGCGCCUUAUCGGUCUUCCGAAAGCUGUCCUCUACAUGUCCUGCAAGGAACACAACGACAUGAACGUCUACAUCAUCCUUCGCAAGCGAGACAAGAAUGGCAAACUUCUGUUUCACCUGUGCUUCCCGUUCGCCGCCGUGCCAACUGGCAUCAAGUCCAUCGACGAGAUCCCAGAAAAGGACCGACAGAGCUUGAACUUGCACCCCGGAAGUGUCGGCGUACUGCGGGCAAGUCACCGCAGAUUUAUCCCAGAAAAGUCAAUCCAUCCGCAAUUUCCCUUCCACCCUCAUGACACUGAGGAAAAGAUCAAGCCGGGCGAGGUGGUCAAGCUGGAGAUCGGAAUCUGGUCCAUGGGCGUGGAUUUUGACCAGGGAGAAACGAUUAGCAUGCAAGUCGGUGGGUCGUUCCCCGGUAUUGCAGAAUACUCUGCUUUCUCGAAGCCGCGGCCCGAAGAGGAGAAGAACAAGGGCGAGCAUCGCAUCCACAUUGGCCCUAGUACUCCUAGCAAGAUCAUUUUGCCAUUCGUACCGCUGUAG